UAAAAAAAAAAAAAAAAAAGUUUUCUUAUAAACAAUUCUCUAAUCACGUAAUAGAUAGGUUGGUUGGAAUUUGGGAAAAACUUGGUAUGGAAAUAAUUUCAAAAAAAUAUGUUGCUGUUAAAUUGAAUAGAUUGGUUGACAAAUACCGAGCCGAAAUUAACCUUUUAGUGUUUACCGGUACUCUGAACGAAAUUUUUUAUAUUGGAGCAUGUAAAUGCGAUUUGACGGCAGCUCAAUGUAACUGCGGUUUGGUUCCAGAACGCCUCAAAGAGUUUAUGCACGAUCAACAUAAACAGAGAAGACUAACAAUUGAUGCAUUUCUGAUGGAAAUUGAAGAGCAAGGGACAUCGUCAUCAAUGCCAACAUACGAAGAUCCCGAUGAUACAACAUACGUAGACGUACCGAUGACGGUUGAUGAAGAUGUUAUGAAUAGAAGCACAAGUUCACAAUACACAGAAAGAUACGAUUGUUUUAACUUUGCCUUGAUGAGUGACAGAUUUGGUGUGUCUGAUAGAGUAGCGUCAGCAUUGGCAACCAGUCUUUUCAAAGAUUUUGAAAUGAAAGAUCAGCAUGGCGAACCUCUCAUCAUGGAUAAAUCGAAAGUUCGUAGAGAAAGAGAGAAAUGCAGACGAAUAGUGCUCCGCAAAAGGUUUGAUGAUUCCAGUUUAAUAGCGUUUUCAUUAAACGGCAGAAAAGAUGAUACUUAUACGAGAGAAAAAAUUGAUGGUAAGUAUCAUAGUAGGAUGGUAAAAGAACCUCACCUUGUUAUUUUGAGAGAACCGAAUUCUCGAUUGAUUGGUUACGCAAGACUGGUAGAGGAAAGUGCUGAAUACAAAACAACAAAAUUGAAUGAAUUUUUCAACGAUAAAAACAUAUCUCUGGAUGCAUUGAUUGGCAUAUGCACUGACGGUGAGCCAACAAACACUGGCACACACGGUGGAAUUAUACGAAGAUUCGAAUUGCUGCUAAAAAGACCAUUGCAUUGGUUUGUUUGCCUUCUACACUUCAACGAACUUCCGUUUCGACAUUUGUUUGGGGUUUUGGAUAAAUCAUCCACCACUGGACCAACAUCAACAACCGGGAAACUAAGCAAGCAAAUUGAAAAUUCUGAAGCUCUUCCGGUGGUGAGCGACUUUCAGAGAAUUGCGUUGGAAAAUAUGCCUCCUGUUGCAGAACAGCACGAAUAUUCCACCGAUUCGCAGUACUUAUACGACAUGGCACAUGCAAUUUCUAAUGGCGUGGUUUCUGUGGAUCUGGCUAACAUAAAACCAGGGAAAAUUGUACAUUCUCGCUGGCUCACCAAGGCUGCUAGAUUAUUACGAUUAUAUGUGACAAUGAAAAAACCACCUAAAAAUUUAAGAAUUCUGGUUGAAUUUAUAAUUAAGGUUUAUGUGCCAAUGUAUUUUAAUAUCAAGUAUUACAGCUCUGUCGUGUACGGUAGUGUAUUAUUUUUCAAGUACAUUACUUGGGCACAAUUUCUGGAGCCAAAUUUACGCACUGUUGUCAAUCAUGUAAUUAAAAAUAAUCCAUAUUUUGCACAGUCGGAAAAUAUCUUGCUAUCAAUGUUGUUUGAUGAUAGGAAAGAGGUGCGCGACUCUGCUAUCAAGAAAAUUUUACGAUAUCGAGACAAUGUUGAAGACCCAUCGGAACUUAGAGAAUAUAAAAAACCAGAUAUAAACUUCCAUUGCUUCGAUUACACGAAAAUGAUCGAUUUGACUGAUAAAAAUAACGUAUUUGAACCACCAUUCACGCGAAUCAUUCCGUAUGAAACAUUGAUAGCAUAUUUAAAUGAAGAUGAUUCACCAUUUACUGAUCCGCAUAUUCCAUUACAUAUACAAGGAACGGAACAACACGUUCAACUGCUAGCUAGCGUUUCCAAACGAGUAAUAUCGGAAAAUGUAGAGGCUGUUAUGGAGGCGACAUUAGAGAGCCGUGCGAAAUUGCCCAGUGUUGAAACCAAAAGAGACUUCAAACAAUAUUUUUUUAGUUUCUUUCCUAUGUUCUGAUCGAAUAAAUUUUUAAAGAGAAAACAAAAAUCCAAAAACAAAAAAAAACAUUUUUUUCCUAGAAACUUCAUUU